CGUCCUCGGAUACUGGUGUCUAGACCGGCGCCUGUAGUUCACGCUCACGGUUUCCGGCCGGCCGUAGCCAAGGUGCCUCACCAACUCUCGCCAUGGAUCUGAGUGAAGCGCUGCCGUACCGCGUCGCCGUCGGGAAUAUCUUGGGCGUGUCGGAGUACCGUUCCGUCCUGUUCGUCGAAGCGCUGCCGCCCAAGCGCCUGGUGUGCUCCGUGUGCCGCACCGUGUCUGCGACUGAGCCCCGGUACUCGAGCCCCGCGUCCGGCGACGUCAUGUGCUGGGCGUGCGCGCAGGACCUGUGCCUCACCGCUCUCGGCGAGGUAGUUGCCGGUUCCGCCAGCGGUCCGUCCGCGGACCAUCCGGAGUGGCCGAAGCCGUCGUUGGCCCUGCGCGAGCCAGCCGUCGAAGGCGACGUCGAACUCCUCAAAGAUCUCGAGGUUCUAUGCCCCAACGCCGACCUUGAGUGCGGUUUUCGAGGAAAGUUCCGCGUCCUUCCGAUUCACCUGUCGUCCACGUGCGCCCACGACUUCAUCCUGUGCCGAGGCUGCGGCGAUCGCGUCCUGCACCGCGACUUCUACGAGCACCUCGAGCUGCGCGGUUGUCUCAAGAGUGCAGCAGCAGCGGUCACGGGUGACGGCUUCCAGCUUACUUGGGGACCGUCGUCCCUUCUUUACAGGGAGGCGAACGCAACACAGAAGGAAAACGGAUCUGCUUCGAAUGGCGCUGCCGCAGAAAAUUCGGCCUUCAUCCGAGAAGUAGGCGAACCCGCGUCGUCAGGCCCUAAAACUCCUGUCGGCAGCAACGGGGCCGCAGCGACUGCGGAAGACAACGGUGGGCGUAUUUUGAGACUACCGAUCCUUCUUUGGGAAGCGGUGUUGGACACGGAUCCGGUCCGCCCCGAUGUCGAGUCGCAUGAUGACCCCGACAGUUCACCAGUCAUCCUGGAAGUACCGUCUGAUGACUCAGACUCGUCGACAAAUGCGGUCAAGAAUGGAACGGGCGCAAAGAGCGACGAGUUCGUGGUACUCGAUAAACCACGAUCGCCGACAGAUCCGAGCAAGAGCGGAACGGCAGAGGUCGAUGACGACCCCCCUGUUUGGAUACCCACGCCCCUACGUUUCGAGCCGGUGUUCGGCAAGAGUGAGGAAUGGGACGACUCGAAGGCAGCCGCAUACCGCAAGGACCUGGCCCAACGCCAGUGUCUGUUCACCGGCAAGCUUCUCGUUCGGUUUCCAGAUCGGUCGUCUUACCGGGCGCGAAGCGCACGUACCGGCACAUUGCAUCCGCGAGCGCCGGCAGAAGCGAAUGCAGCAGUCGAGAACCGUGGUGAGGACGAGUUGGCGCUGGACGGCUUCCGGCUCAAGGGGCUCGCACACUUGUUCGAUUACGACCCGCGUGGUCGCGGGGCGUCGUCGUCCGCGUCUGGCACGGAGCUUGCGACCUUCGAGCUGCUGGCACGCGAUGCCGGUGAAGUUGGGGAGCGCAGCGGUGGCCUCAAAUGGCCGGCCGCGAGGUCGGUCGCCCUGACCCUCAACGGCUUCUGCAGCGGCAACAGCAGACUGAGGCUCCGCACUCGCCACUGUGGCGAGAUGCAGGACAUCCCAGUCGGAGAAGAGUGGACCAAGGUGGCCGUCACUUACCCCGUCGAUGCGGCGACAGUUUGGAAAGAGUUCGCGGUAUUGGACAUCGUUGAACUAACCGUAGAGCUGAAGUGAGGCUCUUUUCACUCGGUUACCGCAUGCAUAUAUUCACUUCACGCGAUGCAUAUACUUCGCUUUUAGCCUUACGAUACUUCUCUUUAAAUAAAACAUUUUACUCCAAUAAA